UUUAGCCGCUGCACAACUUCCGGUGUGUAAAUACCAGCAUGGCAGCGGAAGAGAAGGACCCGCUAAGUUACUUCGCAGCUUACGGGAGCAGCAGCAGCUCCGGUUCGGACAGCAGUGAUGAGGAGCAGGGAGAAGCCAAAUGUGUUCAUGCCGUGAAACGGGUGCUUCCGGCCGAGGAUAAGAAAGAGAAGUUACCCGGGCCGGACGAGCUGUUCCAGAGCGUUACCCGACCGGCAUUCCUGUACAACCCGCUCAACAAGCACAUAGACUGGGAUAGGAGGGUCGUGCGAGCCCCGGAGGAGCCCCCUAAAGAGUUUAAAAUAUGGAAAACAAAUGCUGUACCCCCACCUGACUCCUACCAGACUGAGCAGAAGAAAGGCCCUCCCCCUGAGCUGGACAUGGCCAUUAAGUGGUCUAGUAUGUACGAAGACAAUGGAGAUGAUGCCCCCCAACAAGCAAGUAAAGCUAAAUUUCUGCCAGAUGAAGAAGUGCAGGAGAAUUCGGCAGCUUCAGAUGAGGAACAAGAUGAACCGUCUUCCGCUAAGAAGCGCAAAGUGUGAUAUCACAAAUACUUUGUAAACCUAGUGGGAGCUGCUGGAUAAGGAAGUUAUGGAGAAACCGCUCAGCACGCUCAUCAGGAUUUACUGUUCUAGCAAAGCGCGUAACUCCCUGUCUGGUUUUAUUGCUUACAGAGCGCAUAAGCACAAAUAAUUGGACAGUACUGUGAUAGAAACCUCCAUCUGUAGCUGUUUUUGUACAUUUUAUUGUAAUUAUUGUAAGACUGCAGUAUUUUUAAUGUUGGAUGUAAUUUAUUGUAAAGAGUCUGAAGCCUAGCAAUGCUUUGUUCUAUGGACUAAUAAUCUUACAGUUGUGCUACUGCUCGCUUCUCGACAGUGUGCUAUAAACCUUUUAUAAAACAGUUGGCUAUUGUAAUAAUGCUUCAAAUGACUCUUUAAAAGUGUAUGUAAUUUGUAAAUAGGUCCUUGGAAUUAAAUUUACAUUGACUACUG